GCGACAUGGCCUCGAGACAGUUGCGCCAUGGGUGUACAAUCCAAGGGCCGGAUCAUCUCUCUCACUGAAGAAAGUUGUUCCUCAUUAUCACGAUCUGGUGACUCAUAGGUCACUUCUCGGAGACAUAUAAACAGCCGUACCCAUGAAGUACAAUGCUUUCUACUAACAUUAUCAACUUCUCCAUUCCUUUUGGAUAGGUAAUAAACCAUCGAGGUCUAGAAACAGAUUCACAGAGGAUUUAAUUGCAGCCUGCAGCAAAAAUGGGGAGGACUUUGACAUACCCAAAGCGACCAUCUAACACGGUUAACCGUUACAAGCACAGAGCAACCUAUGACCUGGGUGCCAUCCAUUCCAUCAUCAACACCUCUCAGGUCCUUCAUGUAUCCUUCAACCCUGGCCCGUCUGAGCCAUUCCCUGCCAUCCUGCCCAUGAUCGGCCAGAUGGGCUCGUUCGACUACCCAUCAGCAAGCAUUGACGAGCCCCUCGAUUGCUAUCUUCAUGGCUACGUUAGUUCUCGGAUCAUGAAUCUUGCCCGGGACUCUGAAGAAGGGCUGCCUGUUUGCGUGGCUGCGAGCAAAGUGGACGGUCUGAUCCUGUCCCUGACCCCGAACUCCCACAGCUAUAACUAUCGCUCUGCGAUUCUCCAGGGCUAUGCCAAGUUGGUCACUGACGAGGCCGAGAAGCUCUAUGCGAUGGAGCUUGUCACAAACUCGGUGCUCUCCGACCGCUGGGCGCACACGCGUGUCCCGCCAGAUCGUGCGGAGAUGUCGUCCACCGUCAUUCUCAAGGUCAGGAUCGUCAGCGGUAGUGGCAAAAUUCGAGACGGGGGUGUUUCGGAUGAGAAGAAAGAUACCGGCAAUGAGGAAGUGGCCAACAGUGUUUGGACUGGAGUUGUUCCUGUCUGGGAGACGUUUGGCGAGCCAAUCCCUAGUCCUGGGAAUAAGGUCGCUGAAGUCCCCGGCUACAUCAAAUCAUUUGUUGCGGGGAAGAACGAGGAGAACAGUACACAUGCGGUGAAAGCCAUCGGUGUCGAGCUUCCACGAGAGAAGCAACACUGAUGUCUGGCAAGAGGUGCAUGUGUUGUCAUUGGUUUCAUUCUUUUUUCAUUCGACAGUUUAGCGUAUAAGACUGCCAUAAGAUUAUGACUCUGGGCAAGUCAUUUAAUCAAGAGUUGUGUGUGUUAUUGCAAUGAUCAGCUAUUGUACGAUACAAGGCUGCCCUGCCCGACUGUAACCAUGCGGGGUAUUAAUAUUGCCGCAGCUGCGACGCAGUGUCAUUACAGGCUGCAGUCACCACCCUGGAGAAAUGAUCCAUCCCACUUUUAUUCAAUGCACGGAGC